AUGGAAGAUAAACCUGAGCAAAUCCAAGCACAAGUAACAAGUGAGAAGAAGAAGGACCCAAAGAGAGUAGCGGCAGGAAAACGAUUAGCUGCAAUCAGUAAAAUAGCAAAGGAGAGGAAAAAGAAACUUGCGGAACCUAAGGAGCCAUCAAGUAAUGACAGUAUGAUUACCUACAUAGGAGUGGCCAUUGCACUGGUAUCUCUAGUGCUAGCAUACAAGUCGCAUCAGAGGGAUCAGAGGGAAACCAGGGGACAGGAACCCAAACACGUAACUGAGACUGUUGAGAUAACCAGGAAAGCUGAUGAGUCCAGGUUAGAUUCACUUGAAUGAUACAUUAAACAUAAUAUAUAUUAUAACAAGAUGAGUAAAGAAUCAAAGAUGACUAUGGACGUGUACAACGCAGUGUUACUUACAGCAGGAGCAGUCGGUAUUUCAAUGGCAUCGAAGAAACUAUUAAAAGAACCAUUAGGCACCCCAGAGAACGUAAAAGGAAUGGCAAAGUUAGCUGUCUCAGUUAGUCUUUCAUCUCUACUAGUAUCUUACCUGAAAGAUAAGAAGUACCUACCAGAUGAUCCAUUCAAAACCUAG